CCCACCCACCGGGCGCCGGGCGCUGGAGUAUCGCUCGCUGCGCCUCACUCACUCUAGCGACAGAGCUUCCUGCCGCUCUCCGCCGUGUAACGUGUGCGAUCUUUGGAAACAAGUCCCAUUUUUCUUGGCUGUGGAAAAUUCUGCCCUCAACGUCCAGAUCACUGUGAAUAACACGGCAAGAACCGACCCUUUCUGACCGUGUCUUUGCCGAGGAUGGAAUUAACCCAGUGAAAAGUUUGUUCCCUCAGACUCCGGCCAGGGGAAUGAAUGAAUGAAUGGUUUAUGUGUUGAACACGCCGUGAGAUUGGAGUGGGGAAUUGACGGGCGAGUGGAGGUAGGUAACGGGGCAGCAGCGCGACCCGAAUGGACAAGUGGUUCGCUUAAUCCCGGAUAGCUGGAUCUUCGCUGCCCUGGCAUGCAGCCGCUUGUGCUGGACUGGCGCACCCCGUGAGUGAGGACCCUCGCCGUUAGACACUGCACUCUCCACAUCCCCCGAAGAGGCUUCGAGAGAAGCCGGCACUUCCUCGACGAGAGAAUGGUGCUGGAGAAACGCUUUUUCCUCAUGUUCAAAGUGUGGUCGCUCCUCGCUGUGACGGGUGGGAUCGCGUCCAUACACAAGGCUGAAGGGUCCAGGUUUGCGGAGGGCCAACUCCAGAACUAUGCUGUCCCUGCCCGGCGAGAUGGCACCUCCACUGACGACAAGGAGGGACUAAACUUCAUGCCCCAUCACAAGUCAGGAAAGCAGUGUGGAGUGUGGGUGCGGAAUGACAACGGUGGAUACUUUGCUUCACCAAAUUACCCCAAUACCUACCCCGCCAACAGAGAAUGCAUCUAUAUCCUGGAAGCGGCCCCUCGACAAAAGAUAGAGCUGACCUUUGACGAACGCUACAACAUCGAGCCGUCCUGGGAUUGCCGGUUUGACAACUUGGAAGUAAGGGACGGGCCAUUUGGCUUCUCCCACGUCAUUAACCGUUAUUGCGGCCAGCAGAGCCCCCCGCUCAUUAAAUCCUCGGGAAGAUUCCUUUGGGUGAAAUUCACGUCCGACGAAGAAUUGGAAGGGUUUGGAUUUCGAGCAAAAUACACCUUUGUUCCAGAUCCUGACUUUAUUUACCUCGGUGGAAUCCUGAAUCCUAUUCCAGAUUGCCAGUUUCAAUUAUCGGGCUCUGAUGGGAUUAUCUACUCCAGUCAGAUUGAGAAAGAGGGGAAAAUAAAACUGGGAGAAGCCAUUGACUGCAUUUGGACUGUGAGAGCGCCAGCCAAAUCUAAAAUUUAUUUACGCUUUAUAGACUAUCAAAUGGAUCACUCCAACGAAUGCAAGAGGAACUUUGUGGCCGUCUACGAUGGGAGCAGUGCCAUUGAAAACCUCAAGGCAAAGUUUUGCAGCACUGUAGCCAACGACGUCAUGCUACAGACCGGCGUGGGUGUGGUCCGGAUGUGGGCAGACCAGGGCAGUCGGAGAAGUCGAUUCACCAUGCUAUUUACUUCAUUUCUGGAUCCUCCCUGCCAAGGCAACACGUUCUUUUGCCACAGUAACAUGUGCAUCAACAAUUCUUUGGUCUGUAAUGGAGUCCAGAACUGUGUGUACCCAUGGGAUGAAAAUCAUUGCAAAGAAAAGAAAACGCCUGGCCUCUUCCAGCAGAUCACCAAGACUCACGGGACAGUGAUCGGCAUUUCAGCUGGAGUCGUCCUGGUCCUUCUCGUCAUCUCUGUCCUGGUCCAAGUCAAACAGCCUCGCAAGAAAGUUUUAGCCCGCAAAGCCACGUUGAACAAGUCGGGAUUUCAGGAGGUGUUUGACCCUCCCCACUACGAGCUUUUCUCGCUGAGAGACAAAGAGAUCACCGCGGACUUGGCCGAUUUGUCGGAAGACUUUGAGAACUACCAUAAACUGCGGCGGUCGUCUUCCAGUGCCUCACGGUGCAUCCACGACCAUCACUGUGGGUCGCAGCCACCAAACAUUAGGCAGAGCAGGACUAAUUUAAGCUCCAUGGAUCUGCCGUUCCGCAACGACUUCUCUCAGCCUCAGCCGAUGAAGACCUUCAACAGCACCUUCAAGAAAAGUUGCUUCACUUUAAAACACUCGCAGGACAGUCCAGAGCGGGUCAUAGAAGACAGGGUGAUGGAGGAGAUCCCUUCUGACAUCUAUGUGCGGGGAAGAAAUGACACUGUUCAGCGUUCAAUGUCCAUUGACUUUUAAAACUGAAACUGCUGCGCCGUUACUGAGCACUUUCUUUUCGGGUUUGUUUUUUCCUCUUUGAAAAAUGCUGCUUCGACACCUUGACAUCCCGCGCCACGUUUUAAUAUUAUCAGCUCACUGACAAACGUGGUGGUAAAAGUGGGACUGCUCUCACCUAAACCUCAACUGCCAACAAAAACACUUCUCCAUAACAGAGAUUUAAUUGUGUUCUGAAGCUUGUUGGUGUCGUGUCUGCUUUACGAUUACUUACUGUAAAUAAAUGAGCUGCAGAUUUAAUUUUCUGAUCAGGCCACUAACUGCCCCAGUUUAUUACAGGGAAGUAUUUCAACUGAAGUAGUAAACAAAGAUGCAUUAGCAUCAACAGCAUUGCAAUAGCAUCAAGAUUUCUUUCAAAUAGUCCUUUUUGUUACUUAAAAAGGAAACAAUAAUAUUUUUGAUCCUGCUAGUCUAUGGAUUGGAAUGGCAACAUAUUCUAUUUGUUAUUGCUUGGAUUUUUUCUUCCAACAAGUUAAUCAACCAUGUUAUUUAGAUCAUUUAAAUCAAGUGAAUGAAGUUAUCGUCAGUGGACUCACGGAAUUGUGUAUUUGCCAGUUCAAAUAAAAAGCUUGUUGAAAUGUAAAA